ACAUAAAGUCCUUGUUGUUCAGUGCAUAAUGUCCUCGCAGCCCAGUGCAUAAUGUCCUCGCUGUCCAGUGCACGAUUGCGGGUAUGGACGGAUUCGGUUUUGACGCUCACACCGGAAACGAGAGUAGUUCUGAGACUCCGGUUGUGAACGUUUCGGCUGGAUUGGGUGGCCUCGUUGGGCAGACCACUCCGAUCAAUAUUCCUUUCGGAUCGAGUGCGGCCAUGGGGUCCACUCCAAUCACCACCUUCGUUGGAUCGAGCGUGACUAUGGGGUCCGCUCAGGUCACCUCGGUUAUUGGACCAACCGCGGCUACGGCCGCAAUGGUCACCCCACUCGGACCGAAUAUGGCUUCGGCGAUACCGGUCAUUCCCUCACUUGGACCGAACACGGGUGUCUUCACAUCCGCACCGGUUGGACAUCCUAUUGUCAUGCUGCCUACGAACUCUGUCAAAGAACCGGAAAAGUUCACAGGAUGGCUCAGCAGACCCGUGCAGCAGUCCUGUGCAGAGACUGAAUCUAAACAUCACCACCUCUUCGUCGUUGCCAUAAGUUUCCGUCGCGUUGCAACCAGGACGCCGUCGAUCAGCUUAAGGUUGCUGUCUCCAGGUCUCCCUCCGCACUCCCCGCCGCACACGUUUUCCGUCGCGCGCCGCCGUCGCCGAACCUUCUCCAUCCGGUACCCAUAGCCAUUCAUUAUCUUUGCUACUAUUAUUUUUUUAGUAGAGGGGAGAAAAGGUUUAAAACAUGAAUUUAUUGAAGGGGUAAAAGAAUUUGUUAGCAAUGCCAAGAAGCUUCCAUAUUUUUUAUCUGAAGGAGGGAUUCGGUGUCCUUGUGUGAAAUGUGAAUGCAUGAAUAUUUUGGGUGAAUCAGACGUGAGAGCUCAUUUAUAUAGAUAUGGAUUUCAAGCAAAUUAUUGGAUAUGGACGGAACACGGUGAAACUAAGCCACCAUUGGAUUCCAGAGAUGAGUCGUUUGCUUUUGAUUUCGAUGUUGGGAAUGAAUUUGAGAUGAUGGAUCAUAUGGUUUGUGAUGCACUUAGACAAGUAGUUGAUGAUACCAACAAAUUGCAAGCUGAAGAAAUGCCUAAUCCAUCAUGUCAAAAGUUUUAUGACAUUCUAAGGCAUGCUAACCAAUCAAUAUAUGAGGGUUGUUCUGAAUCACCAUUAUCUCUUUCAGUUAGAUUGAUGGCAGCAAGGUCUAAUUGGCACGUUCCACAAAAGUGUGUGGAUUACUUUGCCCAAAUGCUCACCGAUGUGUCACCUUCAAAAAAGAACAUACCCAAAAAUUGUUAUGAAGCAACAAGGCUCGCUUCCAAAUUGGGGUUAAAGGUUGAGAAAAUUGAUUGUUGUGAGGAUGGUUGCAUGUUAUUCUACAAAGACGAUAGCGACUUGGAUGCUUGUAAAUUUUGUAACAAACCGAGAUUUAAAUU